AUAUCCAACUUUAGAACCUCAUCAGCCUUUUCAUCAGUUUCCUUGGACCCUACCUCUCACGUUCAAGUAGCUGCACUAAUGAUGGAGCUAAUCUGAAUGAAGGUUUUGAAACCUUAAUUGAAUAAAAAGAAGCUGGAGAGACUUCAAGAAGAGGAAUUAGUAGAGAAGCCAUUUCAACGGAAACAAAUGAAAAUAAGGUUCCCUGAGCAUGGAAGAAGUGGAAGAUCUGUUGUAACAAUUAAUAACUUGGACUUUGGCUUUGGAGAUAAGGUGCUCUUCAACAAGGCAAAUCUUACAAUUGAAAGGGGAGAAAAACUCGCCAUAAUUGGCCGAAAUGGAUGUGGAAAGAGCACUUUGCCGAAAUUGAUAAUGGAUUUAGAGAAGCCAAGAGGGGGUGAAGUUUUGCUUGGGGAGCAUAAUGUCCUGCCAAACUAUUUUGAGCAAAAUCAGGCUGAGGCACUUGAUUUGAAUAAAACAGUGCUUGAGACAAUAGUAGAAGCUGCAGAGGACUGGAGAAGUGAUGACAUAAAGGGACUCCUUGGGCGUUGUAAUUUUAAAGCUGAUAUGGUUGAUAGAAAGGUUUCUCUUUUGAGUGGUGGUGAGAAGGCGCGUCUUGCUUUUUGUAAGUUCAUGUUGAAACCGUCCAGUCUACUAGUUUUGGAUGAACCAACUAAUCACUUGGAUAUACCUUCAAAAGAGAUGCUAGAGGAGGCAAUAAAUGAGUACCAGGGAACCGUUAUCACAGUUUCUCAUGACAGAUACUUUAUAAAGCAGAUAGUUAAUAGAGUGGUGGAAGUUAAAGACUGCAAUUUACAAGAUUAUGCAGGAGACUACAAUUAUUAUCUUGAGAAAAAUCUUGAUGUGAGGAUGAGGGAGCUAGAACGUGAGGCCGAGCUUGAGGAGAAGGCUCCUAAAAUUAAAGCCAAAUCCAAGAUGUCUAAGGCCGAGAAGGAAGCCCUGAAGAAGCAGAAAAGGCAAGCAUUUCAGCAGGCAAAACAAAAAUCAAAAGGAACGAAGAAUUCUAAGAGGUGGAAUUGAUUGAUUCACCCAUAUUCUUCAUUGAAGAUUCCUCCAAUGUUUCAAUUAUUUUUUUUUACUUGUAAAAAAGCCUAGGAGAUGAGGUGGCCUGUUGUGAGCCAGGUAGUUGUCCUCAUGUAUAUAAUUUAAAUAGAAUUACAGGUAUUACUUGAAAUUAAGGCUGUAAUUGAAAAUCUUGUUCUAGCAAUUUGUUCUCCUUUACUAA